AUGCCCCCUUCCACAUUUCUCAAGGUAGGCCUUUCCCUGAACCUUGAGAUUGCUGUUUCAUCUAGAUUGCCUGGUUCUGCUUUCUGUCUCAUAGCUUUAGAAGUCCAAAAUGUCAACUGGCAGAUGCCUGUGAACCGGAGGGCACAUCACACAGACAAGUACUCCAGCCGGGAUUUCAUUGUUCGGAGAGGACAGCCUUGGGAGAUGGUAAUAUCCUGCAACCGAAGUCUCGAGUCCGGAGAAGAUCUGAACUUUGUUGUUUCUACAGGUCCCCAACCCUCAGAGUCAGCCAGGACAAAGGCUGUGUUUUCCAUCUCUGGGAGAAGUACAGGUGGCUGGAGUGCAGCCCUCAAAGCCAACAACAACAAUAAUCUGACCAUUGUUGUCGCCAGUCCUGCCAAUGCACCCAUCGGGUGGUACACAAUGAAUGUUGAGAUCUCCUCCCAGGGCAGGGUCUCCUCUCAGAAACUCGGAAUGUUUAUACUGCUCUUCAACCCAUGGCUGCAAGCGGAUGAUGUUUUCAUGAGUAACUCCGCCGAAAGACAAGAGUAUGUUGAGGAAGACUCUGGCAUCAUCUACGUGGGUAGCACAAACCGAAUUGGCAUGGUUGGCUGGAACUUUGGACAGUUUGAAGAAGACAUUCUGAGCAUCAGCCUCUCCAUUUUGGAUAGGAGUCUGAAUUUCCGUCGUGACCCUGUUACUGAUGUGGCCCGCAGAAAUGAUCCCAAAUAUGUUUGCCGGGUGCUGAGUGCCAUGAUCAAUAGCAAUGAUGACAACGGUGUUCUUGCUGGGAACUGGAGUGGCAAUUAUGCCGGUGGCCUGGACCCCAGGACCUGGAAUGGCAGUGUGGAGAUCCUCAAGAACUGGAAAAAAUCUGGCUACAGACCAGUCCAAUAUGGCCAGUGCUGGGUCUUUGCUGGGACCCUCAACACAGUGCUGCGGUGCUUGGGGGUUCCCUCUCGGGUGAUCACCAACUUCAACUCAGCUCAUGACACAGAUCGCAACCUCAGUGUGGAUGUGUACUAUGACGCCAUGGGAAAUCCCCUGGAGAAAGGCAGCGACAGUGUGUGGAAUUUCCAUGUCUGGAAUGAAGGCUGGUUCGUGCGGACCGACCUAGGCCCCUCGUACAAUGGAUGGCAGGUGCUGGAUGCCACCCCGCAGGAGAGAAGCCAAGGUGUGUUCCAGUGUGGUCCCGCUUCCGUUAACGGAAUACGUGAUGGUGAUAUAAACCUGAAUUUUGACAUGGUCUUCAUCUUCGCGGAGGUCAAUGCCGAUCGCAUCACUUGGAUCUACAAUAGUAGCAAUGGCAGCCAGAAGCAGAAUUCUCUGGACACUUACUCCAUUGGCAAAUACAUCAGCACCAAGGCUGUGGGCAGCAACUCUCGCUUGGAUGUCACAGACAAGUAUAAGUAUCCAGAAGGUUCCAGUGAGGAGAGACAAGUGCACCAGAAGGCUUUGAGUAAACUGAAACCGAAUGCAUCUUUUGGCCCCACAUCUGUAAGAGAUUUGGCAGGGGAGGAAGGGGCGCCCAGCAUUUCUGGGAGGUUCAGGGUCGUUGGUGCACUGGCAGUGGGCAAAGAAGUCAGUCUGGCCCUGAUGCUCAAAAACCUGACAAGAGAUAGGAAGACAGUGACAGUGAACAUGACAGCCUGGACCAUCGUCUACAAUGGCACUCUUGUCCACGAAGUUUGGAAGGACUCCGCCACAAUAUCGUUGGAUCCCGAGGAAGAAAUACAGCAUCCUGUGAAAAUCGCGUACUCUCGGUAUGAUAGAUACCUGAAGGCAGACAACAUGAUCCGAACCACAGCCAUAUGCAAGGUGACAGAUGAGGCAGAGGUGGUGGUGGAGAGGGACGUCAUCCUAGACAACCCCACCCUGACUCUGGAGGUGCUGGAGGAGGCUCAUGUGCGGAAGCCUGUGAAUGUGCAGAUGCUUUUCUCCAACCCCCUGGAUGAGCCAGUGAGGGACUGCGUGCUCAUGGUGGAGGGCAGCGGCCUGCUACGUGGUAACCUCAAAAUCGAUGUGCCAGCCCUGCGUCCCAAGGAGAAGUCCCGGAUCCGAUUUGAGAUUCUUCCCACCCGGAGUGGCACCAAGCAACUGGUCGCCGACUUCUCCUGCAACAAAUUCCCAGCCAUCAAGGCCAUGCUGUCCAUUGAUGUGGCCGAGUGA